AUGGAGGGCAUUGCUGCUGGCCGCGUACUACCCGGAAACGAUCCGUGCUUUUUGCAUGGAAAACUAGCUCCCCCCCGGCUUGACAUCAAAGUCAGAUGCCGAGAUCCAGGAGUAGCCAGCAGCGUGGCAGACCUUUGCCAAAGAUCACUUGCUUGA